GGCUGAAAUAACUGCAAAUGGACAACAGAUGGUUGCUGCACAGAUGCUUUUGACAACCUACAUGUGAUGGAGGGGCUUUCCUAGAGAACUAGAUGUCCCAGCACUGACAUCAAAAUGUAUCAAUAAAAGUGUGUGAAGGGAAUGCUUAACAUUUCAAGCAAGAUGUCAACUAUGAGGCAACUUUCCCUUCUAAGUGAAGGAGGUUUGGAUCUUCACACUGGACAGAGUUCUGCAUAUUCUUCCAAGCCUUCAGAUGGUCAGUGGAUGGAGGAAAACCAAAUAUUUGAGGAGGAACAAGAAGCCAGUUCCACAACACAAAGUGAGGACAAGGAUGUAAAUGUGAAGGUGUUGCAAAGUAAGAAUUCUAAUGGAAACAAAAGAGUUCAUGAUUGCCCCGUGUGCCAUAAACGAUUUGGUGCUCCAUCCAAACUAAAAAGGCAUUGUCUUAUUCACACGGAUCAGAGGCCAUUUCAGUGUUCUAUAUGCUGCCGUGCAUUCAGAGAACGCUCUCAUCUAAAAGUACACGUCAGAACUCAUACAAACCCUGUGAAGCAGAGAACACCAUCAUUCCAGAGCUAUAAGGACAACAAAGUGCCCUGUAGUCAAACAUCUAAGUCAAGGUUAAAACCUUUUCCAAAAAACCGAACUGCCCAAAACGAUACCAGUUCAACAUAUAAACAAAAGACAGCAGCAACAGACUUAAUCGAAUCUAAUUCAGGUACCGUGGGUGUUAAAAUUACAAAAGGACAUUGGUGCCCUUUAUGUUUAAAAUGCUUUAAAGCCCCAUCAAAGCUCAAACGUCACAUUCUGAUUCAUACUGGGGAAAGACCUUUUAAAUGCUCUGUGUGCCCCAAAGCUUUCCGAGAGAAAUCACACUUGAAAGUUCACAAGUGUAAGGAAGAAUUUAGACUGGAAUGCAACUCCAUUUUGAGUGAUCGGCAAGUGAAAGAGAACAAGAUCAAGCAGAAUGCUGACGAAGGUGUUAUGUCACCAGAUGUAGUCACACCUGCCGGAAAAAGGAUCUUUCCAGUACCCAAGUCUUCUGAUCACAUGUGUAUGCUUCAACUAAAAAAGAAAAGUGGAUAUCAGUGUGAAAUAUGCUUGAAGAAAUUCAGUUUCCCCUCAAAACUAACUCGACACCUGUUUGUUCAUUUUGACGUCAAGCCUUACACAUGCACAAUCUGCAGAAAGUCAUUCAAACAGGCCUAUUAUCUCCAGAAACACCUCAAGGUACAUACAGGAAAAAGAAACAAUAAAUCUAGGUUGAGUAGAGUCCCGCAGAAGCACGAGGCCAAACCUCCAACACCUGGAGCUUUAGAAGGUACAAAUAACUGCAGACCGGUUGGUGGUAAUGUGUGUUUAUGUCCGAUAUUAGACUCUUUAGAGACCAAAAAGCAUAAAAAACUUGAAUGCCAAAGCAAGCUCAACCAAAAUGUCCCAUUGACCGAGUCAAAUUCAAGUACUAUAGAGAUUAAAAGCUCUGACGAUUUGAACAAUACUCAAAUGCAGAUCACAACCUCCAGCCCAAGUUACCUUAAGCGCAAACAGAAAGGUGUGAAUCAGUGCAGCAUCUGCCUGAAGAACUUUCUGUAUCCUUCUAAGCUCACCAGACAUAUUUUGAGCCACACAGAUAGCAGACCAUUUAAGUGCCAAGUGUGCUUGAAAUCAUUUCGAUAUCGGGGCCAUUUGCAGCUUCACAUGAGGAUCCACAAAAAAAAGGGUUGGAAUAUAAUUGCUGGUCAUUUGGAACAUGAUCAUACAGUUUCUUUUAGUAAUGCUGAAAAAUCUAAAGACCAAGAUGUGCAAAUAUCCAAACAAGAUGGAGCUGAAGCCUCUGCUACAGCUCACCAAGGUCAAAAUAUGGUUAUAGAGUCUCAAAAAAUGAGUGGUGACUCCAGUGAUUCCAUUGUAUAUUUGCAAGUUUCCCUUCUAAAUGAAGGUUUGGAUCUCCACACUGGACAGAGUUCUGCAUAUUUUUCCAAACCUUCAGAAGGCCAGUGGAUAGAGGAAAACCAAGAAACUGAGGAGGAACAAGAAGCCAGUGUCACAACACCAAGUGAGGACAAGGAUGUAAAUGCAAAGGUGUUGCAAAGAAAGAAUUCUAAUGGAAACAAAAGAGUUUAUGAUUGCCCCGUGUGCCAUAAACGAUUUGGUGCUCCAUCCAAACUAAAAAGGCAUUGUCUUAUUCACAUGAAUCGGAGGCCAUUUGAGUGUUCCAUAUGCUGCCGUGCAUUCAGAGAACGCUGUCAUCUAAAAGUACACAUCAGAACUCACAAUGUCCCUGUGAAGCAGAGAACACCAUCACUCCAGAGCUACAGAGACAACAGUGUGUCCUGUAAUCGAGCAUCUAAGUCAAGGUUAAAACCCUCUCCAAAGCAACCAACUGCCCAAAAUGAUACCAGUUCAACAGAUAAACAAAAGUCAACCGUGCACCAAGAUCAAAGUAUGGUUCCAGAUGAUAUGCCAUCUCAAAACAUGAGUAGUGACUGCAAUAAUUCAGAUUUAUAUUUCUCAAAAAGUACUAGUCCUUUAGAGAAGUCAGAGGUUGUUUUCCGGUGCAACAACAAAUCAGUUUGGGGUAUGACAGAUGAAACUGACAUCUUGCUUGAUGGGAAAAAGGCAUCUGACAUCGUGCCUUUUGGCAGGGUGAGUGACUGUCCACCCAAAACUGACUCAUCUCUCCAUCACUGUGCUUCUGAAUCAAGAAUUGAAGAAAAAUGGGCACAUCACAUGGAUGAUAUUGAAGAUUGUGUCUUCGUGGACUCGGACACUGUUAAAUGUGUCCCUGAUUCUUACGAGCCCAGUUCUUGCCUGUAUCAACAGAAACCUGAUGUGCCCGGACUCAGAGAAAUUGUUGUUGUGGGUCUUUUGGACUUUCAGGAUCCAGGUGAAUGCUUUACCAAACCUCCACAUGACCUUCCCAUAUUCUGA